AUGUUCGUCUUCGAGGCUUCUCAAUCUCUUUUCUGGGCGUCAUUUGGUAUGGUUGGUUUGGAGAACUUUGAACUGACUGGCAUCAAAAGUUACACCCGCUUUUGGGGUCUGCUGAUGUUUGGGUCAUACUCCGUGAUCAAUGUGAUCGUUCUGUUGAACCUUCUAAUCGCCAUGAUGUCCAAUUCUUACGCGAUGAUCACUGAACAUUCAGAUGUAGAGUGGAAAUUUGCCAGAACACGUCUAUGGAUGAGCUACUUUGAGGAGGGCGCUACUUUACCGCCUCCAUUCAACAUAUUUCCCACUCCUAAACUAGUUAUGAAGUUGUUAGGACUUAGGAAGAAAGAUAAUGACGAAUCAUUCAAGGCCCAGAAAGAGAAAGACGAUGUACAUUACACGGCGGUGAUGCGAGCUUUGGUCUGGCGCUAUGUGUCUGCGAUGCACAGACGACUUGACGAAGACCCAGUAACUGAAGAUGAUAUAAAUGAGCUUAAAGGAGACGUCUCCGCUCUCAGAUAUGAACUGCUAGAAGUAUUCGAGAAGAAUGGCAUGGAUGUGUCUUUUACAGAUAGAAAGGAGAAGAUGGUACUGGCGAAACGAAUGAAGAUUUGGGAACGGAGACUUAUGAAGGACUUCCAAGUGACUCCAGUUUCUGUUGAAGAAGACGGUAAACCUGUGCAUGAGGACAGUCUGGCGAGAUUCCGAAGAGUAGCCCGCAUGGCUGCCGCUGCUGCAAGAGGCUCCAAAUGGGACCAAACUCUGGCUGCCACUGGGAUAUCAUCUCAAAUCGGUCGCUGCCGAACACGACAGUCUUUCAAGAAGCAGCAGAAUUUGCAGCGCGCUAUCGAAGAGGCCCAAAAGCUGGUUUCCCGAUCACCUGUUCACGGAUCUCGCCCCUUGACGCCAAUGGAAAUGCCAGAAACUCCUGGACAUACUAUCUUGGAGCUCAUAAAGGAUAUUUCUACGGAGAUAGAGGAACAGAACUACUCCAGUGCUCGUUUGCCACGGUCCAAGUCUCCGAGGAGAAACGAAGCGGGAACUAAUGGAGUUGCACCAGCGAGAUUUCUAAGCCCUAACGACGCCCGCAGUCGUGCUGUGUCCCCUAUACCACGCGGACCGAGCCCUACUAGGACGAUAACUCAGCCUCGAAGCCUUAGUCCUGACCCGAGGCCUUCUAGUCCAACAGGAAGUGAGAAACCAGAACCGAGUCCAUUGAAAGCUCAAAGGUUACCUGGUUCUUCGCCGCCUAAAGUUGUGAAAAAGAAAUCACCAUUACCGCCAUCUGGUGAAUCAAUAGAACACAGACAUCACAGCAGUGUAGAAGUUAUAGCGUUAGCUAGACCAGUUGCUCCUGAUAUUAAACCAGUUAAAGAUGGCCUACCACCGCCUCCCGCUUACUCAAAAACUAAGCCAUCUACAGAUAGUUCGACAAAACAGCCGGUGCCGAUGCCAAGAUCACGUUCGCCCUCUCCAAAGCCCGCAGCCAAAACUAACACCAGCGCGAACACAUCUCAUCUCCUGUCCUCUUCUAGCACGGAGCUACUGAUACCUCCCUCCCCCCGCGUCUUGCCCCCCGGUCGCCGUAUAGAAGAUGUCAACACAAUCAAACGUCAGCCGAAAACUGGCUGGAUAUAA